GGAACCUCUUCUUCUUCUUUCAUCUCUGAUAGGUUUCUGUCUUAACACUCCCUCAGCUUUCAUAAUAAUUCUGUCACUCUCCUCUGGGUUCUCUCUCUCCUUCUCGACAUGGGAGAACUAGCUCAUCAUCAUCCUCAGGAGCUGCAACUCCACGUCCCAGGUGAUCAAGGAGCCAAAGAAGAGAACUCAUACCACUCCACAAGCACCAUCACCAAUAAUCAAUCGACACUAACCCCCAAACCCAAGAACUUCAGGUGGUGGAUUAGAGUGGCUCUCUACUCAUUCUUUGUGCUCUCCGGCCAAUCGGUGGCUACUCUCCUUGGGAGGCUCUACUACAACAAAGGAGGCAACAGUAAGUGGCUUGCCACACUUGUUCAGCUUGUGGGCUUCCCAAUCCUCCUCUUUCUCUACUUUAUCCCCUCGCACAAAGACCCCAAUGACCCUAAUUACCCCCACAUCCAAACAAACCCAGAAGCUCAAUCUCAUUCACAGUCACCCUCUCUCAAGAGCCUUGCCCUUGUGUACCUCUCUCUAGGCACAAUUGUGGCCCUAAAUUGCUAUUUAUACUCAAUCGGCCUCAUGUACCUCCCUGUCUCCACCUAUUCCCUCAUUAGCUCCUCCCAAUUGGCCUUCAAUGCCAUCUUCUCCUUCUUCCUAAAUGCCCAAAAGUUCACUCCCUACAUCACCAACUCCCUAGUCCUCCUUACAAUCUCCUCAACCCUCCUUGUGUUCCAUUCAAAUUCAGAAGACCCCAAGGGAGUCUCCAGAGGGAAAUAUGCGCUAGGGUUUGCAUGCACCAUCGGGGCAUCAGCUGGUUAUGGGCUUCUUCUAUCCUUGAACCAGCUUUGCUUUAGGAGGGUCAUAAGGAAGGAGACGUUUAGGGCAGUUCUAGACAUGCUUGUUUACCAAUCUUUAGUGUCUAGUGUGAUUGUUAUGGUGGGAUUUUUUGCUAGUGGCGAGUGGGAGCAUUUGAGAACAGAGAUGGAUGGUUAUGAGCUUGGGAAGGUGAGGUAUGUGGUGAAUUUGGUCGGGACGGCAAUUGCUUGGCAAGUGUUCAUGAUUGGCGCAGUCGGGUUGAUAUUCGACGUCUCGUCUUUAUUCUCAAACUCGAUUAGUGCAGUGGGCUUGCCGAUUGUGCCCAUUCUAGCAGUCGUGUUCUUUGGGGAGAGGAUGGAUGGUGUCAAGGUGAUUGCCAUGAUCUUGGCCGUUUGGGGGUUCGUUUCUUAUGUAUACCAACAUUAUUUGGAAGAUGCCGAGCUUAAGGCUCAAAGGAAGAGUGUUGGUGGGGAUGAGGUCAGCGUGACAUCACCACUAAACACUCCAAUUGCGAGAAUUGGCGGAUAAUUAAAGAUGGUGGAGUGUUUUAGUUUGAGUUUAGCCAAGUUCAAUCAGAGAGAGAGAGGUAAUUUCUUGCUAUAACCAUUAGGAGGAAGAGAACGAGGAACAGAAUGAGAAGAUUGAAAAUGUUGCUAAUAUUUAAUUUCUUCGCUGUUUUUAUUACAAGAAAGGGUACUUAUAUGUUAUUUGACUAAUUAUUCCAAUCAAUGGUGUAUACUUAGAUAUUAUUAUUAUAAAUUGGGACUGGAGAAAUUUAAAGGGUGUCGCAUUUUAUGCCUUGUGGGGCCACCACUUCUGGUAACCA